UAACGAAUUAAGAAUGAAUUUCCUUAGUAUCCUUCGACACAAAUCUUUAAAAUUUAAUCUUUGUGAUUGUGAAAGGUCAAUGCCAUCUUCCCCCAAUUGACAAACAAACCUCUUCAAAACCCUAUUCAAUCCUCGUCUUUCUUCCUUUCUGUGAGUAUAUUUUUCUACAAUCGAAGUUCAAUUUUUAUUUUGAAAAAUGGGUAUCGAAUAUUUUUCGUCGGGGAAUGAAUUGGGUAUUUGCCAAUUUCAUCUAUUUUGAAUAGAAAUAACUCCCCCACAAAAGGAAAAAAAAGGGUGAUCAAAGAUGAGUCAACCCAAGGUGAUUCUAGCAACGGCAAGCUAUGACCAUAUUAUUCGAUUUUGGGAGGCUCAAACUGGCAAAUGCUAUCGUAAUGUGCAAUACCCAGAUUCUCAAGUUAAUAGGCUCGAAAUAACCCCGGAUAAGCGAUAUUUGGCAGCAGCUGGGAACCCUCACAUUCGAUUGUUUGAUAUCAAUUCGAGUAGCCCUCAACCGGUGAUGAGUUAUGAUUCACAUACAAAUAAUGUAAUGGCAGUUGGGUUUCCAUCUGACGGAAAUUGGAUGUAUUCUGGUUCAGAGGAUGGCACUGUGAAGAUAUGGGACCUUAGAGCUCCAGGUUGUCAAAGAGAAUAUGAAAGCCGUGCUGCAGUUAACACCGUUGUCCUGCACCCAAAUCAGACUGAACUAAUAUCAGGAGACCAGAAUGGCAAUAUUCGAGUUUGGGAUUUGACAGCUAAUUCGUGUAGCUGUGAAUUGGUUCCAGAGGUUGAUACAGCUGUGAGGUCUUUGACGGUAAUGUAUGACGGAACCUUGGUAGUUGCUGCAAAUAAUAAUGGAACUUGCUUUGUUUGGCGUUUGUUAAGCGAGACACAGACAAUGACAAAUUUUGAGCCGCUUCAUAGACUUCAAGCGCACAAAGGAUACAUCCUUAAGUGCCUUCUUUCACCAGAAUAUUGUGAACCACAUAGAUAUUUGGCAACUGCAUCAUCUGAUCAUACUAUCAAGAUAUGGAAUGUGGACAACCGUUUCACCUUAGAGAAAACUUUAACUGGGCACGAACGCUGGGUAUGGGACUGUGUUUUUUCUGUAGACGGUGCCUAUCUUGUUACAGCACGCCCAAGACUACCACUGCGCCAUUGUUCGACGUGGGACGUAUAUGCAGACUACCUUGAUUUGUUUAAGUGUGUUCAUUUUGAAGAAGUGGGAAAACUCAUGUGUGAAAGAGGAGAAAUAAUGCAGAUGUCAAGAGAAAAAACUUAGAGCGGUUGCAUGUCAGCAUGUGUCUAGCAUUCUGCCGAUAUCAAGAGCAUAGAACCGUCAAUAAACCCUUUGAUUAAACACUCUAUUGUCUUUUCAAAUAAACGAUCAAUCGCUAACGUGCAAUAUGAGCUCUCGACUAAUAUUGACUAUUGUGGUUGGUGAAAUUACUCUCAAACCUAUCCUUUAAGUAGGAACUAGUGCGGUGGUUUGAAACAACCCUCAUGUAAAUUUGUAAGAGAAUGCUAAUGUGCACUUUGAUUGUGGUAGCUUCUUCGGAUGGAUCAGCAAAGCUGUGGUCGAUGUCAAACGGUGAAGUAAUCCAAACAUAUAAGCAUAACAAAGCCGUUGUUUGCUGUGCUCUCAAUGACGGAGCUGAAGUAUCUUCUUGAGGACUGACCCUCUUACACUCGGUUUCCCUUUUCAUUUCAAGUAAAACCCUUAAUCUUUAUUGAUGCAUUCGGUUGAGAUUUGUACAUAAAUUCGUAAUAUGCCAAUGUGCUUGUACUAUCAUAGUUUUGUCAUGUGUUGAAAUUCUUUUAAAAUUUAAAUUGUUUUUUUAAA